CGCUCCAGACGCGGAACAAAAAGUCGUUGCAGUUCAAGAUGCAGUCGCAGGCAGUUUGUGUCUGGGGAGGGAAACGUCCAAUCCAAUCGUGGCACUUCACUCAAGUGCAACUUGAACCGCAGUUCAAGUCCAGACAACCUCCGCCUCCCUGUCCGCAACCUCAGUUUCACACCGCUUCUCAUACUACUGAACAUUAUCCACGGACUUCACUGGCACUAUUAGAAAACUUUCUGCAUGUAACAACUUUGCCUUGAUACCAUGUCCAGGCCGACAUCCAGGAGCGGUGCGCGACUUGAACCUCCCCGGAAGAGUGUCGAACUGGUAGACCCAGGUGCACAUGAACUCUCCUCGGAGGGUGAAGAGGAAUACUUCUCAGACGCUUCAGAAGGUCGCAGACCAUCAUCAAGACCUGCCACUCCUUCCUCGCCCAUACCCAAGACCCGAAUAGAGAAGGUCGAUGAUGCCCCAAGCCACGGCGAGGUCCCGGGCACAUCUGCCUACGAAAAGAGAUUGGGCGACGCGGUGCCUGAUGAGGUUGAGAUAUUGUCUCCCGGUCACGAGAGCAGACGUUUCUCGCAGUCACUUGAUCCUGGGACCACACAGGAGGGUUCCUCAAUACCUCGCACUGUGGUAGAGAAAGUCGACCCAGGGACUCCGAGUCAUGGAGAGAUUCCAGGAACCCUGGCUUAUCUACAAAGACAGAUGGAUGCUGCUCCAGAUGUCAUUAUCAAGACGCCAGAGUCUAUGCAACACCAGAAGGAUGCAACGGUGGAUGAGCCUGAUGAUGCAAACCCGCCGUCUUCUUCUUCGACUGGUGCUAUCCCAGAAACUGUGGUCACGCGCGUUGAUACUAUACCGGCCCAUGGAGAGGUUCCUGGGACAGAAGCGUACGAAAAGCGUACUCAAGACGCAGCCCCGGAUGUUCUCGAGAGACAGGACAGCACUUCAGGGUCACCAACACCUCAUAGACCCAUGAGCGAUUCGCCGCACAGCUCCAAUCCGGGGAGCGACAGUAAUAGCCACGAUAACGCAAAUAACGAUAUGAACGACUUUGGAGACGACUUUGAUGACUUUGAGGAAGGCGCACAGGCUGGAAAUGACGAUGAAUUUGGAGACUUCGACGACGGAUUCCGAGACCCGGAAGCUGCUGAAACUGAAGACGAGCUCGCGGAAAGCCCUUCUAUACCUACCUAUCAAGACACGGGCAUACCCGCCGAAUCCUUUCCUUUAGUCGACUUCGACACACUAUCAUCGUUGAAGGACCUAAUUGCCGCCACGCGAACUCACCUGGACACCAUGUUCCCAUCGUCUACUGACGAACAAAUAUCCGCAGUACCACAAUCAGAUCCGAUUCCGGACUCUUCACCAGUCUUUCCAACCGACAGGUCACAGUCAUUAUGGAAACAACUGAUCACUCCUCCUCCCCUCCAACCACCCAACUGGGCGCAGUCUAGGAUCCGACGUCUAUUCCUGGUCAGCUUGGGGGUCCCCGUCGAUCUAGACGAGAUCCUGCCCCCGUCCAAACAGAAGAAACUUAUUCUACCAGACAUUAGUUUGCAGCCCUCAACCCGAAAAUCAGAGUCCGACGCGGCCCUCGGCUCUGUGGCGCGGCUGAAAGCACAAGCCGCCAAUGACUCGACUGGCUCGGUGGACAGCACCCAGUCCGGGGCAAAGGAACGGCUUAGUCGAUCCAGACGGCCUAAGGGACCCCCGCCCCCUCCUGAGUUUGACCUUGUAGCCGUGAAGCGCCUCUGUGCCACCACUGACGAGAAGCUAGAAGGAUUCACUGAUGAGGAGCUUCAAGCCCAUGUCAAAGAGCUGAAAGAUCUCACGGAAAAGACCUCGGAGCUGUUGGAGUACUGGUUAAAACAGCGAGACGGGUUACGGAAGGAAAAGGAAGCCUUUGAGGGCGUUAUUGAAAACCUCGUCAGACAUGCUAGAAGGGUGCGGAAAUGAUACACCUGGCGCGUCAUGGCGCAAAGCAGCAUGCUCAUUUUCCUGGCGGCUCCGGCCGCCGAUCAGACCUUUUUCCUGAGUGCAUUCGUGAUCCCGUUUCAACCAGGAGACUUGGAGUGGCGCGAUAUGCAGCCAACGGACGUCCAAGGGUUAAAUGUCCGCCUGGAAAGAACAGCAGCGGCGAUCUAAUUAUCCUGCACAAGUUUUGAUGUUGUAGCGGCCAAGAAGUCUACAACUAGGAUCGCUUGUCUUGAACUGUUCAAUCGGGGCCCACACAACCGACGUCGCAGGACUGCUCCUCUUAGGUCGUGUGAAUCGAGAACCGCGGCCUUCUCAGCGGAAAUAGACAGCCUGUAAUUCCCGUGCUGGAGCAUCAACUUGGUCAAGCAUGCCUCAAUUGAGAAAUCAGAUUGCUCUUUCGGGGUAUUGGAAGGGCUCGACAAUUUAUUCCAAUGAGUGAGCAAGGAACCACCGCUCCGCCACUUUAUUCCAGGGUCCCACCCACCUAUCCACGACGGUCUUGGAGGGGACAAGCUUAAAAGCACUUGGAGCGAGCUGAGGACGAGGGAAGUAUAACUGCAUAUGCUCCCCGGAGCCGCCUUCCCCUCCUCUAAUACCUAGGUAACAAUCUUGGUACCUAGGUAUCUUCCCUUCGUAAUGCUUUGUCAGACCUCCUUACACCAGAGCUAUUAGUAGGAGACCGUUCGCAAACCGGAGCUGUAUCCAUGUGACUCGACAAGGGCCAUACAACGUAGUACCGGGAACGUCUGCGGACUUCCUUAUCAACAGGCAUUGACUGCAUCUCCCCACGCAUACCUACCUGGAUGGAAGGCAUCGCCAGUUUCUACAACCGUUGCGAUUAGCUCCUUAUUAUUAGAGUACUGGAGCCGAGGAGAGUCUCCUGGCUUGAUUCGCUACUACUGAGGACCAUACUGCUGGGUAUGUUUCCAACGGAAUCUCAUUUUGUUGCUGGCUCUGUAGGUUCAGGCUCGUCCCCUG